CACACAUUCACACGCUCGUCAUCAUGAUUUCAUCGUCGGUGCUGGACUUGGGCCACAAAAUCAUCGUGUCGGCGCUUGUGCUCACGACGAUUGUCAGUCUGGCUGAGGUCAGCGGCAAGGGCUACACGAGUCUGCGCCGAAGCUACGGCGUCAUGCAACAACAAAAAGCCGAGGAAGCCGCGCGGGAGGCCGCUGCGAAGGCAGGGGAAGGCUUUGUGACAGAGUCCACGAGCCAACCACGAUGAGACGAUGCUUUGGCCACCCAAGUCCAAGCACGCAGUGGCUUUUUUUUCCACUUUGAAUCUCAAAAUCGGGCCAAGUACCAUUUGCUCAAUCAAGCGGUUUGGGUUGACCUGCGCUGUGUGGGUCGCUGUCGCUGGUGUUUUCUCGUUGCUGUUUGGCUUUGCUGCUCGUAUUGGGUGCCAUUCACUGCUCAACCACUGUGACUUGUAACAAUUUUAACUGUGUAUUAUUGACA